CAAUAUAUCACAUCAAAUCGUAUUUUAAAUAUUAUUAUUAUUAUAGUCAUCGAUAAUAUUAUUGACAUCGAUGCCAAAACUCAAAGCACUUAAAGUUUACAAAAUGGAAGAAUACAAAUUACUAAACGCUGAACUAAUGGAUUAUGUGCAAUCUCAGCGAAUAACUAUUGCUGAAAUGCUAAAAACCGAAGUCGUACUCAAAAAGCAGCUGCAGGAAGAACGCGAAACACGCUUGGCUGAUGCUCAAUACAAUGAACAGAAACUGAAAUGCGCGAUCAGGACACUGCUUCAUUCCUUAGACAUAAAUUUAGAUAGAAACGACGAUUCCCUUUCAUUCCAAUCAUCAAAAGCAUCAGACAAUGUCAGGACCAGCUUAUAUACCGGUAGCCAGGCUUCUUCGGGGCUGCGUCGUUCGAGUGAAAUACUUCGAAGAACUUUGAUGGUAUCACCUAUCAGAAGGAGUCGGACUAGCGUCUUAAGCUCUAACAACUCACAGGAUGAGGAAAGCGAAAAAGCCACGGCUACAGCGAGUCCCUGCAAUGGAAAAGUGGCAAUCGUAAGAAAAACACCAGAGCCACGACAUUUGAUUGAGCUGCAAGCAAACAUGAGCUCCCCAGAGGUCCAAGAAAUAGAUUCACCUAAGCAGUUGUCAAUUUCUGUCUGUCAUAUGUAUUCCAUAAUUGAAGAAAGCGAUAGUGAAGCAUCAGACUCUAGCAUGAUGCUAUCGCCGUCGCCACUGCCCGAUCGGACCAAAGAUAACCAAAGAACAGUUAUGCUAAUUCCAAGGGUGGAAAUCACAAAAGAUCGGGAUCCAUCGCCAAUCGUGCAAAAUGAGAUAAAGAAAUAUAACUUACGGCAAACAAAUAUUACAAAAAUGCUUCGAAAUCAUGAAACAAACGUCGCCAAUCAGGAGCCAAGGUCACCAAUGCAGUUGACAUUGCCGUACGCAUCCAUAAAUGCAGAUGCACUUACACCGCGACGAGCCCUGGAGGACAUGACUAAUCGAUCAGUAGACUACAGUACUCCGCAUCGGGACAAAGAAACUUCAAUUACGAAACGGAACUUUGCCUCUAUAAAAGCUAAAGCAGUAUCUUCAAAAUUAAGCAAUAUAAGCCAGACUGAGGAAUCUAUUUUGGAAAACUCCAUGGUUAAUCGUCCCAGGCGUGCAUGUCGGCCACGAUCCCUCAAGGAACCUAACUGUCGUGAUAAACUUCGAAGCCAAACGCAAUCCAAGUAACGAUAAGUUAUUUACUCAAAAUACCAUAUGUUCAUGUUCCUAUUUAAAUUGAGCCUUUACACUCGAAACACUAUAAGUUAAACUAGUUAAUAGUAAUUUAUAUAAAAAUAUCAGUUUGAAAGUGUAUAGUCGAUGUGGAUAGAUUUAGUUAAGCAAGAGUUCAUAUGUCCAGUUUGGGGGUUUUUGUCUUUGUCACUGCCACAAUGAAAGUUUGCGUUGUACGUUAAAACUAUAUGAAACGUUAAUUAUUUAUCAUU